UAAUAGGAGCGACACCUGACGAGCAGAUUAGGAUUUGGAUUCACCAUCGAAGUUCGAUAUAGAUCAACCAUUUAGGGUUCGAAUUGCUCGAGUCCCUCUCCUCCCAUUCGAUCACUCUCGUUCUCCGCUCCCACGGCGCUAACGUAUGCCCUCUUCUCCCUCCUCUCGUUCUCCUCCGAUACCCCUCUCGUCUUGGAAUAACCUUUUCCUUCUUGGGGAUCCAGGGUACCAAAUCGGGUUCCCAUCGGCAUGUAAUCAACUCGCUUCAUAAACGAAGAAAACGAAACCUUAUCGAAAUCCAAUUCCAAGAGAGGAGAGAUGGCGAGCAACAACGGAGAACCGAGCUCUGCCCCGCAGAUGGACAGAUGGUACAACAUCAGAUUGGGCUCCUCCUUCAAGGAUCCUUCCUCCACCAAAUUCUGCACGCUUCGAUAUGAAUUUAAGCCAGCCUCAAUUGAUAAAAGCCAAGCGGGAUCACUGCAUAAGAGUAAGGAGAACAGGGUCACUGUGGAAUUCCACAACAAUCAGCCUGGGAAGCCAAAGGUGACCUUCGAGGGAAGCAGUGAAGACUGCAAGGACAAUGAUGGGGUCUUAUUUUUUGAUGGGGAGACCUUUCGGUUAGAGAGAUUACAUCGUGCUGUGAAGAGAUUGAGGCAUGUUCGGCUGCCUGGGGAGUCUGCUGCUGCAGCUAAUAUGAUAUCUGCAGCUUCAACUGGAACAAGCAUAGAGUCUCGUUCUCCUCCACUUGGAAAGAUUGCAAAACCACAGACAUUGGGCAAAAAUAUAAUGCAUUCAGUGCCUGUUGAGGUAGAACGAAUUGAUAUUGGUGAGCCAGAAAGCCCAGGUCCAAAACCCACAAAUAAGAGCACCAGCCAGCAAUCUAUUCCUCCAAAUUCAUCAUCGAUGUCCCCUGAUCCAAAAUCUUAUGAACCAGAGGAGAACCUGGAUAUACUCGGCGAUGAUGACAGAGGGACACCAAAUAAGACAAGUGCUGGAGGACCGACAGCGGCUGUUGGGUUUGAUAUCAACAUUCCAAGUCAGAAUGAAACUGAUGAUGAGAUUGCAGAUGUGGAUGUAAGUGAUGAAGCAGAUGAGGGGCCCAAUGCUGCUGAAGCUCUGCGAGCUCAGGUGAAUGCAGAGGAGGAACAGCAACAGCAGGAGACCUCCAGCUCCAGCAGCAGCAGCGGAAGUGGCAGCAGUGGUAGUGGCAGUGGGAGUGGGAGCAGCAGCAGUGAUAGCGAUGGCAGCGAUGAUGACUCGGCUAGUUCUGGUGGUGAUAUUGAAAUUUGAGAACCAUUCAGGCUUGAUAGCAUCUUGGUGGAUAUCGUCAGGUGUGGCAAAUGGAAAUUGUGGGUUUGUGAGAUUACGAGCACUUCGAGCAACACCGACUACAUAAUUGGCCUUCUUUACCUUUACAUGAGUGUGGAAUUACAAUGUCUUUCGCCUUGUCAGUAAUCUGUGCAGCUAUCACUGUCAUUCACCUUGUCGGUAAUCUGUGCAGCUGUUGUAAUCUGUUACCAAAAAAACCUCCUGGAUAAGCCAAUCCUGACCAAUGACAAACUAAAAAUAAAAACAGAAAAAAGGUUCGCUCUCU